UGGCCAGAGUGAAAUUACUUUCUGUGUGCAAACAUAUAAACUGUGUUUCAGUUAAUCGGGUUCUCCUGGGUCUGCUGGUGCUGAUGGUGUGUCUUCUCCUGCAUAGUACUCUGCUCAGAGCCUCCACUCGACCCACACUCUCAGAUCACAGGAAGCGUCUCAACAGUGUAGCACAGGUUUCCUCGGUGGGAGCGUCAGAGGUGGAUGAUGUCGUCCCCGUCAUCAUCUGUUCAUCCGAAGAGCAUAUGGGUGCAACCAUGGCAGCCAUCAACAGCAUCAUCAGCAACACAGAUGCCAGUGUUUUCUUCUACAUUGUUACUCUGCGUGAUGCUGUCAAACUUACCAGGAGGUACAUACUGAAGUCAAAACUGAAAGGUAUCCAGUAUAGGAUACUGGAAUUUAACCCGAUGGUUCUACAAGGAAAAGUGAAACCAGAUUCAUCCCGACCUGAUCUCUUACAUCCACUCAACUUUGCGCGUUUUUACCUGCCUCUGCUCGACAUCAGCCAUAAGAGGGUGAUAUACUUGGAUGAUGAUGUCAUUGUGCAGGGUGACAUCAAGGAUCUGUUUAAUAUCAAACUGAAACCAGGACAUGCUGCUGCUUUUGCCACAGACUGUGAUCUUCCCUCCACACAUGAGAUGGUGCGCAGCAUCGGCAUGCAGCUCGUCCCCUAGACAACCUACAUGGGCUUCCUGGACUACAGGAAACAGGAAGUUAGAGACCUGGGCAUCAACCCCAGGGACUGCUCUUUCAACCCUGGAGUGUUUGUAGCAGAUAUGAAAGAGUGGAAGAAACAGAAGAUCACCAAACAGCUGGAGAAGUGGAUGGAGGAGAAUUUCAGGCAGAACAUAUACAGCAGUGCUAUGGCAGGCGGUGUGGCAACUCCACCCAUGCUAAUAGUGUUUCAUGAUAAAUACACAACACUGGACCCCCUGUGGCAUGUCAGACACUUGGGCUGGAGUCCAGAUGCCAGCUACUCAGACAGCUUCAUCCAGGGGGCGCAUCUGCUGCACUGGAACGGCCCAUUCAAACCGUGGAAUUACCCUGCUGUCCACUUGGAUCUAUGGGAGAAGUGGUUCAUCCCAGAUCCUUCUGGAAGAUUUACCUUGGCAAGACCUGAGAGUGAUAGCUGAAGUCUGCAGAAUAUAAAAUGCCAGAGACUGUCGGGGGCAGAAACAUGUGAAAUUCAAAACUUUCUUGGAUGAUAAUAGAAGGUGUGAUAGGAAACAUACAAUGAAUGCACAGAGUGGAUAUAAGAGAUGGACAUAAUGAUUCAGUGACCCGUCAUGCCACCACUGACACUUUUGCUAAUGUGCAGCAGGGGGCGACUCUUCCGGUUCUCAUACUGUAGAGACAUCCAGUAAAAAAUGACUGUACUUCUCACCUGAUUUGCCACUAUAGUAAGCAUUUCCUUAAUGAGUUUACGAUCUAAAUUGCUAAUUAUGAGACUUUCUGACUACAGCACUAUGUUUAUAUUGUCAAUGAUGGCUCUGCUUAGAGUAUAAUAAAGUCCACAAUCCAAUGGAUGACAUCAUGGUAGCUCGGUCGAGCUUUUAUAUAAACCCAAUGUGAUUAAACGGACAAAAUACAACACAUCAGCUGUCCAGAAUGAUGUUGAUUUGUCUCACUCAGCUCUUGGCAAGAAAAGUAACACAUGAGAGUACAGUCUAAGAGAGAAUGGAAUAAUAAGAAAUGUCCAAUGGGAGCAGUAUUGUAUGAGAAACAGUGACAGGAUUGGUGUUGUAUGUGUGAGAUGUAAAAUGUGAUGAAAUGCAAAACUGUGACUAAUCUAGACCAUGCUGUAUUUGCAUGUUGUAUUGAAGCUGAUGGAUACCUGCACAGCAUUUAGAAUGUUCCUUGAAGUGCAAAUGAAAGUAAGACACAAGGACUUCUUUUUUGUGUGUUUGUAAAUUGUGCUAAACCUGAAAUAAAAUGUCGUCAUUCCAA